GAGGUGCGUUUGGGGGUGAAUCAGUUUCGACCGGUGGAGGAGCGGCGCUCGUCUGUUCGUACUUUUAUGACUGAUUUUGAGGCUGGAUCCGUGUCAUUGGCGUCUUCCUGAACCUCAGAAUGAAAGUUUUACCGGGUACACGUGGACCACGGAAAGCCACAUCUCUACUGUUAAUGUGCCUGAUUGUCGUGACAGCAGCAGCUGACUGUCCCCCUCCUGAAAAUAAGAAUAAUCUCAUCUUAACCGAGGAAACAAUUUUGAUGAGUGACUUUCCUGAUGGUUCCGUGGCCACUUAUGAGUGCAUUUCUGGUUAUAUUCGAGAAAGUGGAUCUUCAACUGCAAGCUGCAAUAAUGGGAAAUGGACUGAACCAGAUCUCGUCUGUCAAAAGAAAGACUGUGGUCUCCCCAGACCUCGACCACAUAUGAGGUUUGGGAUCCGUGACGGUACUCUGUAUGGUGCUGUUAUUAACAUAAUAUGUGAUAAAGGGUACAGCAUUGUUGGGCCAGGCCAUGCUCAGUGUUACCAUUCAGGAUGGAAGGUGAUCACUCGGUGUCUCGUGGAAACCUGUGACAAACCAGGUGAAGUGACCAAUGGCAGAACGUCCUGGGAUUCUCUCAAUGACCCACAAUACGGUGAUGUCAUAGAGUACUCCUGUAACAAAGGAUACAACCUCACAGGGAACAGUUCUGUAAUGUGCAGCGAAAACGGUCAAUAUGAACCUCAGCCUCCAGAAUGUAAACUGGUAACCUGUGAAACACUUAAAGUGACCAAUGGCAGAACAUCAUGGGAUUCUGAGAACCAGCCACAGUACGGAGACGUCAUUCAGUACUUCUGUAAUAAAGGAUACAAACUCAUGGGGAACAGUUCCAUCACGUGCAAUGAAAACGGUCACUACGAACCUCAGCCUCCUGAAUGCACAAGUGACCAGAAUAAUUUCCUUGUGACACAGCCACAGGUCUCUACAGCCACACCCACAGUUCACAAAGAUGAAAGUGUCACAACCAGUGCAAUAUCAUCAGCACUACGAGGUAGCAGUGACAUUCUGACAACUUGGGUUAAAAUGACCACAAACAAAUUACUAUCAACUUCUGCUCCUUCACUUCAAGAGGUGCCUCCUAAAGAUGUAGAUAGUAACAAGGAUACUGGAUAUGCACCCAUCAUAAUCAGCGUGAUAACAGUUUCAAUAGUUGUAGCUCUAAUUGUGUUCAGUUUAUACAAGUUUCUACUAAAGAGGAAAGGCUCAUAUGACACCAGAGAAGACCUGAAGCCGGAGUUAUUACGAUUCCAAAAUCUUUAGAUUGCCUGCUUCCUUGAAGCUUUCCAAAGAGAACUGUGCCCAUCUGCUGAAGAGCAUCUGGAACCUGGAGACGCCGUGCCAGCAAACGGUGGCUUCACUGAAGGAAUGGAAGGGGGGGAGACACACUUUAAUUAUUGCACUUCAGAUGCCAGCGAUACAAAUCUUCUGUGUAAAAAGCAUAAUUCAAAUGAAAGUAUGAAAAAAAUGCGGUGAAAACUUUUGUAAUUAUGUAAUUUUUUUGUAAUUGUUGCAUUAUUUUAACACAAGUGCAAAUAUUUUUCUGCCACGAUGACUUUGUAUGUUAUUUAUAUUGGAAACUGGAAUAAACAGUUUGAUUUUU